UAACCCCUUAGGUCCUAGUUUAUCUACCCAAAUACUUUCCCCUUUGGCGGGGAAGAGGCGACAGUGCCGCUAGUGCUCUUAAGGGAACGAGCCGGAAACGAUGGCGGCUGCUUUGCGUGGAGCAUCCUUCUAUAGCAGUGCUCGAUGUCGGGGCUUUAUCAUUAGCAGCUUGAACUCUUGCAUUCUACCCUUCCAACUCAUAUCGUUCCGCGGGAUCGCCUCCAAGCUAUUCGUCGGUGGGCUGUCAUUCUACAUGUCCGAGGAUACACUAGCCGAGGCCUUCUCAAAAUUUGGUCAAGUUGUUGAAGCCAGACUAGUUAUAGAUAGAGUCUCUGAUAGACCAAAGGGGUUUGGGUUUGUAACAUUUGCCUCGGAAGAUGAAGCUCAGAAUGCUCUGAAACAGAUGAAUGGAAAGGUUCUGAAUGGGAGGGUUAUUUUUGUGGACAUUGCAAAAGCCAAGCCAACUUAUGCUUUUCCCAUCUCAAGAGGCCCUCCUAAUCUGCCUAGCAGUGAAUGAUUUUUUUAUACUUAUUGUAACUUGGAAAACUUUUCAAAUAUUCUGAGCAGAGUUUCUUUGACACUCAAAUGGUGUAUAUAGCUCCGGCUAUGCUUGGUUUUGGGAGGAAGGGGGAUAUAUGCUUAUCUGUUUACAUGUCUACUUUCGACUAUAAGAGUAACAUAGUGAUACUUAUUUUAAUCAUUUAGGAUAUUAUACAUAGCAAUGUCUGGGCUAUAGUAGGAAAUAAAAAAAAUCAUGUAGACAAUGUUCCUUGCGUCUUGAGUUAUGCCGAGUAAAUUGGGUUUUACUU